AUGUUUACAUGUCCUGUCAAUAAUUGUAGUGCGGAAAUCGAAAUCAUUGAAAAGUCACCACUAAUGUGGGCUCCAUUACAAAGAAGUAUGAGCAUAGAUGAAGGAUCACAAGAUCUGUUAAUAUUUGGUAAAAAUUCUUUAGUGAAUCUAGAUACAAUCGUAGAAGAGAACUCCGAAAAUAAUUCACAAAACAAAGAACCUGGCAUACCUGACUUCACUACAAGUAAUUUACCAUCUAAACGUGUUGGUGAAGCUACCUCUGCUAAAUCGUCAAAUAAAAAAAAGAAAUCUGCAAAUAGAGAAGAUUCUCCUGUAUUGAAAAGACUUAUUCAGGAACUGUCAACUAAUGAUCCCAGAAAAACACGGGAGGAAAAGCUUCAAAAACAAGACUUAACUUCAGAUGAUAAAAGAUCUCUACAGAAGAAAAAUCAGAGGGAAAAAUUUAUUCAGGAAGUGUCUUCAGACCUGAUACAGAGUGAUACUGACCUAGCCAAGCAACAACUGGUUACACUAUCUUUAACUUCAAGCCCAUGCAAGCAGGCAGAUUCCUCAAGCUUUGCGCAUUUAUACGAAAAACUUCGCGAUGCUGAGGACUUUGCUGAUCGUGCAGUCCAAGAAGCUAUUAUAUGUUACUGUCAAUUUGGGAAAGCUCUUAUUCAGAGACGAGGUGAGAUAGCAUCUGAGAGACAAGUUGAUCCGGAAUCCAAUGCUGUCAGUAGAGUUUUAAAUAUGGAAGUUAGGGCUCAGCUUCCUGCAGAUACUUCUGAUGCACUUUUAUGGAAAAGAAUCGAGCAGGCCAAGAAACUAUGGAAGCUCUUUGACGCAAUAGGUAUGGAUAAAAUUUAUCGAAUUCAUUCCUUUUCUGUUAGCAGUAUCUCAAAAAUGACGAAUAAGGAGAUUCAGUAUAUUAUAGAUAAUAUGCCAGUCGACUACAGCAUUAAGAUAGAAACGUCCGCCUAUGCUCUGCCGAAAGAUGGUUUACCAAGUAAUGAAAAAAAUUCCGAAUUGUCACUUCCUGAUCUCAGUUCAGGAAGUGAUAAGAAAAAUUCUGAGUUGUCACAUAUUAAUACUUCUAACGCAUCAGAGGAACAAACAUCUUCAAAAUCUGGAGUAAAUAUUAUACCUGCAUCUCGACCAAUUCCUAAGACGAAUCCAACUCAUGAACGCACCUAUUUUCAAAACAAGACAUUGGAUCAAUAUCAAAAUUUAUAUAGAGAAUUUAGUAGUGAAAAUUUCGAUUAUUAUGGAAUUACUAGCGAGAAAAUAUGCCCAUUAUGCGAGUUAGAGCAUAAUGAAGAAGAAAGUAUAGAAGGGAGAUAUACAUCAGGAGCUUAUUUUAUUAAAUGUGAACAGCGCGAAAUUGAGAUAGUUGCAUAA